AUUGGCUUAUUACUGUGUGAAGUACAUAUUUGUAUAAAAUAAUAAGCUGAAGUUGCAUGAUCCUACAGUAUGUUGUGUCAUUGUAUGAUGUCAGAUUCACACUGACAUGUAAUUAAUUAAGUGACAAACAAAUGGAGGCUAGAUAAUAUAUUUGUCUCCUGGGAUGUUGUGUGGUGUAGUAUGGUGAAGUUUUCUGACGUUUCGGAAGUGCUUACUGCCUUCGUCAUUAGUUCAAGCGACAGAAACUGUCAUCAAAAUUCAAAUCCAGGACUUUUUUCGGGUUGUGGCCUCUGUUACUUAACCUCCUCCCGAAGCUUCUUUUCGAUUGUCGCCGUUCUAUCGUGCAUAGUUCCUGAGCGACAGAAAUCGUCUUCACCAGGACAAUUUUUCGGGGUUGCAGCCUUUGUUUCUGUAAUCUCAUCUUUGAAACAAAUAAUUUGGCCUUGGUACUGUCCUUCAAUCGUGCCUAGUUCCCGAGCUGAAGGAAUCUCCCUCACUGGUACUACUUGAAUUCCGGUUUUUUAAGACUUUCCUGAAAUCUCUUCAUGGUCUCAAGGAAUAAGCUUGCCAGAUUUGGUGCAAACUGGCCCAAGUGAACGUAUGUAGGUAUGCAUCUACAAUUUCAAGGUUAUUUUUAAGGUGAUACAAUGGGGCAGAGAGAAUCACAAAAUAUUUGUGGUACUUCAGCUAACAAAGCCACUGAUAAUAAUGAGGAACUGAAGCUAAUGGAACAUUAUUUGCCAGAAGAAAUCCUUGUUCACAUUUUGAGUUAUGUAGAUGCUGGGACAUUAGUAAAGUUAAGAUUUGUCUGUCACUGGUGGAAACAUUUGAUUGAUAAUGAGGUAUGGAGAUUGAAAGUUUCCAGGGAGAAUUACAAGAGUUUAAAUUCUGUGGAUCCUAAAUGGAAGUUACCGUGGUUUGUUUAUUAUUGGAUAUGUGUUAAAGAUCCUUUUGGGAAGAAUUUUGUGAAAAAUCAUUGUGGACAAGAUCAGCUCAUCUCAUGGAAUAUGUUGAGCGAUGGUGGUCACAAAUGGAUUGUAGAAGAUCCUCCUGAAGGUACAGAUAAUGUGCCACACAGUGAAGAAUUUGACAACUUAUCUAGUUGCUUUGCCACAUCCUUUGAAUCAUGCAGUAAAGAGCAAACAAUUGAUCUGUUAUCAGAGGGUAUGAAUAGCAAAAUGAUGGAUGAAUUUCGACCCAUUAUUGAAGUGAGUGAAUGGUUUGCUGGUAGGUUUGAUUGUGGCUCCAUAUACGAAAUGGAGUGUAAAUUGCUUAAUAAGAAGAGAGAACUGGUAACUGACUUUAUGUUUCGUGAGAUGGUCCCACAAUGGGAGGGAGGAAUGUGGCAUCAGGUAAGUCAUAAGUUCCAGGAAUAUGGACGAGGUGUUAGGUUCAUUAAAUUUUUUCAUCAUGGCAAGGACACACAAUUUUGGGCUGGACAUUAUGGCAGUAAAAUGAGUGGAGCAUGUAUAAAACUCAUGAUUCCUGCACCAUACUCGAAAAGCUCCGUCAGUACAGAAGAUGAAAGUGUUUCAGAAGAUUCUUUAUUAUAACCUGCUGUAUGAGUAUUUCUCAGUUUGAAGCUGAUGACCCUAUGAUGUUAUAUUUCAGUUGAAACUGGACUCUGCGAAGUUGUUAUAUUGUAUGUUCUUAAAAUGAACAUUUCAUAAUAUUUAUGCCAGGUGACAUUUUCUUUAUUAUAAGGGAAGAGUUCGUCAUAGUCAUUAUUCAGUUUAGCAAAAAGCUCUACUUCUGAGAAUCAUCGUAGAGUGAACAAGUUAGGAAAGUUCUGGUUAUGCAUGAGAUUGAUAAUUCUUUCUGCAAAAUGCAACUGUCAAUAAAAUAAACACAAUAUGCAGGUUAUACAUGUAUGACUAUAUUUUUUUGGGCUUUUAUAUUUACAUAUAUACUACAACAAGUAUAAGUGGGGGGGGGAAACAUAUUCUCCUUGAAUCACAUGCAAUUAUUCAUUGUUUCCUGAUAUUUAUUCACAUUGGUGAGAAGUCAGAACUAUACUGAAUGCAAUAAGCAGUUUUGUUCAUGUUGGUCAUCCAAGCAGCCUCUAAAGAUAUACACACCCACUUCUGUUCUUUCUUUACUCAAGGAAGUUAGUCAUUGCUUUAGAUUUGGUAACGAUUUGUAACAACUCUCUCUGUUAUAAUAAACACAUUCCUUGUGAUUUUUACACACCUCA